AUGCAGCAGUGUCUUAUCAACUGCAAUCCAUAUAGCUGUGGUAUAACAUACUGUGUGACUUUCUUGGUACAAUAUACACACACUAUACAUAAUUCAGCAGCUAAAUAUGUUUUCAUCUUUCAGAUAAAACAACUGCGAGUGGAUUACCACGCUAAACCAGUCAUCUUACUGGUAGCUAUAUUUAUCCUGCGUGAAUUGGGAGGCCAGCUGGCGGUGUUUUCAUACACUGUGUACCUGUUCCAGAAAGCUGGCGUCGAAAUCGAAGUGUUCACGUGCACGGUCUUGGUGGGAAUUGUGCGUCUUCUCGCUACAGCUACGUCAUCCAUCCUUGUUGACAAACUUGGCCGAAGGCCGUUUCUGUUUGGUACUUUCCUGGUUUGCGGCAUUGCCCAAACAACUGGUGGAGCCUUCCUCCUCGCCGACAUUCCAGGCACUGACUGGGUACCGCUAGUGGCAGUGCUGAUCUUCGUUCUGGCCUACGGCCUCGGAGUGGGACCUAUACCGUGGAUCUUGUUGGGAGAGCUGAUACCAACGCCAGUCCGUUCCAUCGGGGCUUCCAUAUGCACAUUUAGCUUUUGCGCUUCCCAGUUCUUUGUAGGAGUCCUGUUCCCCGAGCUGAUGGCGACACUGGGCGUGGGUGGAAGUUUCUUGGUGUUUUCCGGUGCCAAUUUCUUGACGAGCAUCUUCACCUUCGUGUUUUUGCCAGAGAGCCGCGGUCGGUCACUGCACCAGUUGCAAGAAGUCUUCAGUACCCGGACAUCCAGGAGACCUCUCAUCAAUGUUGCGUCCAACGAGGCCUCCGAAGAAGUUAACGAUUCGAGUUAGACUGGCUGGACCAGUCGUUUUCGUACUCACGUUCCAAAUACAUACCUUUUAUUUUUAUAUAUAGUACCAGUGCGUGUCCGCUUGAUGUGAUGAGAUGAUCUUUUAUAUAUUUUAAAGUAUGUCUGUAUAAAGUUUUGUCUUUAGCAAGAAUGCUUUGCAACCUUGUAAUACUCGCACAUUCUAAAACAUUCCUUUAAACGUGAAUUUUUUAUUUUAUACUGAAUAUUUUGCAAACAAAUUUAAUUUUUCUAUUACAUUCGGAUGGUAAUCCAACUAUGCUAUUAGAUAAAGUGUGUUUUGUAAUUGUUUUUAUCAAGGGUUGCUAAAACCAGGAAGAUAGGACUGCAGUUAAAGGGAACACAAAUUUAUUAGUAAUUGUAAAAGAUGGAUAUGAUAUGAAAUGCACAAACAAAUUGCGAAGCACAGAUCAUCUUUUACAUGGAAGAACAACAGUUGUAGGCCAUAACAAAGAAUGUAUAAAUGAAAUUAUGUUGUUCGAGCAAUUUAAUCAAAACGAUGCAAAGGCUAAACAUGAAUUCUCGUAAUGAAACUUGACAAAACUAGUACUAACUAAAAAUAUACAAUGAUAAUAAUAAUGAAAUAUUUCCGAGAGGAGCAUUGUGAACUUCACACCUGUUUUUUUUUUCUGAAAAUUUAGUAGAGGGAAAUGUUCAACAUACCGUAGAUAUAAAUGUUGCGAGCACUAUGGAUCAGAUGUAAUUAUACAAUCAGCGAUUGUAUAAUUACUCUAUACAAAGUUUUCUAAGGAAAGGAAAUGCAUGGAUUCUACACUAUACGGAAAAGUAGACGAUCCAUCUAAAGAGUACCUCGGUGGAUAAUUAUCAAAGCAUGUUUUUAAAAUACGCGGAUCGACCUUGAAGAAGAAGAAGGAGGGGGAAAAUCAAGCGUAUGUUAAGCAAAAGGCAAUGAAACACUUUUUUUUCUUAUAUGAAAAAUAAACCUUGUUAAUGGUGCCCAUCUGUCUCGGAAAAGAAAUUUAUUGAGUUGCUUAUGACAUAUUAAGCUAAAUAACGAGUUAACAAAGGGCCGUUAGCUGCCAAACAGGGACCAAAAUGCUGAUGCUUCAAAUACGGGGAAACACAUCUGAAAACAGGCAUCCCAGAACUACAAUGCAGAGAAUAUUUACAAUUGAUGUGGCUUAAGGUCUUCUAAAAACUGGCAAUAACUACAAGAGGGUAGCAACUUGGUCCAAAAUCAAAGAUCGACCUUUGGGAGGAAACCUGACAUACAAGAUGACAAGCUCUGCGUAGCCAGUAAAAGUUUUCGUCGUCUACAACGGAUACCUUGAAAUACAAAACUAAAUGACAAGAGAUGUGCAAGUGAACUUGUACGCCGAAAUUGUGGAAGGAACCACAGAAUAAACGAUUGUAAUUCAGCUGUAAUAAAGUAUUAUACACUAACAAGGACCGCACAUCACAAGAUAUGAAGAAAUAUAGUCAGGAUGAAGAUAUUGUAAACCAGAUUAAAAGCAUCCUAAAAUACAGAUAGAAAACUAAAUUAAUUUAUACCUUCCAGCCAGACUAUGGAACGUGUUACCCAAGUACUAAAGGUACUGCUGAACAAAUUAUUCAAAAAUAUUAUCUAUGACCGAUAAAUAAAUGGAGUAUGCAGUGAAAAGCGUUCCUUUAUAGAGGGCCAUUUUAACUUUAGGAAUAUGAAUGGCCCAGUAGAUAGGCUAUCAACCAGGGUCAUGCAUAAGAUAUUUAAAAUGAAGCAGGUCUAACGAUAACGCAGCAGAAAAUAAACACUUCUAUUUUUGCAAAAGUAGAGGUAUUCAGUUCGUGUUUACAAAUGUCCUUAAUUUUCCCUUUAUUAAUUUAAUCAUCUCCAAAUGGAGCUUGAACCCCCCAAAAUCAACCAUUUCUGCACGGCCUUGCAACUUAAAGAAUCUCCGCUGAAUCUACUGAAUUUACAACUUUAGAUCAAUCAACUGACUAAAGAGAGAUGGAAACUUUUACUGGAAAUGCAUAUAAAGGCAUAAUAAAGCAGUGAGGGUAAAUAUCCUUGAGGAGAGGCGAGGACAGCAUGCUAUAUCUAAAAAAGAAUAAGAAAAAGCAAUGCGACCGGAUACUCAGAGAUUUGUGAUAAACCAAGAGGAAUUCUGUCAAACGAAUAACAGAAUAGUUGAUUUAUUCACGAAAGGAAUAAAACAAAAGAGAAAAACGCACUUUGACCUGCAUUAUAAGCAACAGCCAAAAUAGAGGAGAAACGUCAUAACUCUGCGUAUAUGCAUUUAGAAUAGGCUUCAGAAUAAUGGAACCAAGCUGAAACGAGAUAGUACUGCAUUCAAUUUUAUUCUAGAAUAAAGUACAGCUACUAAUCCCCCAUCAUAUCGCCACCAAAUAUUCCAUGCAAGUAUAUUUUUAUUUAAGCGGAAAAGACGAUAAAUAAUUUUGAAUUUAAUAGAUGACCGAACUUUCCCAUCAGAGCAAUAAUAUUAUAGAUAUAUUCUCAUUGUUUUUAAUUCUACUGUAGGGGACUAAAUUUAGAUACAGGAGCAAUCCCAUUGAUUUUAAUUCUACUGUAGAGGACUGAAUAUAGAUAAGGGAACAAUAUGUAAAUAUAUAAUUUUGAUUCUAAAACAUUCCUAUUGAUUUUAAUUUCACUGUAGAGGACUAAAUAUGGAUAAGGGAACAAUCCCAUUGUUUUUAAUUCUACUGUAGGGGUUCAAUUGUGGGUAAGGGAACAAUAUGUAAGUAUAUAAUUUCGGUUCUAAAACAUAUUCCAUUGAGGUGUGAUAGAAGUUCACUCUCGACGUGGUUCGGAAGUCACGUAAAGCCGUUGGUCCCGUUGCUGAAUAACCGAUGGUUCCAUGCAACGUAAAAACACCACAUAAACAUACAAUCAAAAGCAUAUUCCCAUUGUCUUUAAUUCAACUGUAGGGGACUAAAUAUGGAUAAGGGAACAAUAUAUGAAUAUUUAAUUUCGGUUCUAAAACAUAUUCCCUUUGCCUUUCAUUGGAUAAAGGAACAAUAUGUUAAUAUAUACUUUCAGUUCUAAAACAUAUUCACAUUGUCUUGAAUUCUACUGUAGAGGACAAUCCCAUUGUUUUUAAUUCUACUGCAGGAGACUAAAUAUGGAUAAGGAAACGAUGUAUAAUUGUAUAAAUUCGGUUUUAAACCAAAAGUCCUCUCCAAACCUUGCAGAACAAGAAGUAAUACUAAAUGUCGACAGUCCUCCUUUUGAAGAGCUGCAUCACCACCGGCGUUACAACCAACGAGAAGCGACUCCGCGGGAAUUCGCAUUUGUUUACACUCGGGAGUCGGGAAGAAGACGCAAUGGCAACCACUCAACCAAGUUUACAUCAGUUUUACAAGGCUAGAAAAAGUGCUCGUGAUACAAGCAACAUCAAAAAUGCAAAGAACAGCAUCUCGAGAAGCCAGGAAGUCAAAUGUGGCGACAUUUUGUCCCUGAAAGCUGCCGAAAAUAGGGCGUCUGAGCAGGACGUCGCGAAGGUCGAGCCGUCGAGUCUGGGGAGUAAGAUUUCGACCAACGGACUUUCCAGGACGGAAAAAUCGUCGAAUAAAAGAUCCGAAGGGAAGAGAACUCGUCCUUCUGGAACUCAGGAUAUUGCUGCUUUGUUUGAGCGAGUGGCGGCUAAAAGGAAAAGGGAAGACGAAGAGGAGAAGAUUGAAGGACGCAAAGCGAGCUCUUGCUCUUCUGGGUUAGAUGGUAUUGAUAUAACUCUACCUGUCACCCCAAAACGGAAAAAGGAAUAUGAAGAAGAGGAGAAAAAGAAGCGUAGAAAGCAGGGCAGUGAAGACGACCUGGAUCGUACUCCUAAUGGUGGAGAUGUCAUCCCUUCACAUGAUCUUCCAAAGUCGGCCAAAAAGAAGCUUUUGAUGGGUGCUGAAGGUUCAUCAGGCCUCAAGGAAAAUGUUAUGGAAGGG